AUGGCCACCGUGGUGGUGGAAGUGGACUCGGAGCCCUCCUGCAGCAUCCCCAACCCCACCUCCCCCUCGCCUAGCCUUUCUCACCGCUUCCUGGACAGCAAGUUUUACCUGCUGGUGGUCAUCGGCGAGCUGGUGACCGAGGAGCACCUGCGGCGGGCCAUCGCCAACAUCGAGCGAGGAAUCCGAUCAUGGGACACAAACUUGAUUGAAUGCAACUUGGAUCAAGAACUGAAGCUUUUUGUGUCUCGCCAUUCAGCUCGAUUCUCCCCUGAAGUUCGAGGUCAGAAGAUUCUUCAUCACAGAAGUGAAGUCCUAGAAACUGUAGUCCUGAUCAAUCCCUCAGAUGAAGCAGUUAGUACUGAGGUGCGCUUAAUGAUCACAGAUGCUGCAAGACACAAGCUCCUUGUACUAACUGGACAGUGCUUUGAAAACACAGGAGAACUCAUUCUUCAGUCAGGAUCUUUCUCCUUCCAGAACUUUAUUGAGAUCUUCACGGAUCAGGAGAUUGGUGAAUUAUUGAGCACCACACACCCUGCCAACAAAGCCAGCCUAACUCUUUUCUGCCCUGAGGAAGGGGACUGGAAAAAUUCCAACCUUGACAGACACAACCUUCAAGACUUUAUUAACAUUAAACUCAACUCCGCUUCCAUAUUGCCCGAAAUGGAAGGACUCUCCGAAUUCACAGAGUAUCUGUCAGAAUCAGUAGAAGUACCAUCACCUUUUGACAUUUUGGAACCUCCAACCUCAGGAGGCUUCCUGAAACUCUCCAAACCCUGCUGUUAUAUUUUCCCAGGGGGAAGGGGGGACUCUGCAUUGUUUGCAGUGAAUGGAUUCAACAUGCUUAUCAAUGGAGGAUCUGAAAGAAAAUCUUGCUUUUGGAAACUUAUCCGGCACUUGGACAGGGUAGAUUCCAUUCUGCUCACUCACAUCGGAGAUGACAACCUCCCAGGAAUUAAUAGCAUGCUUCAGCGGAAGAUAGCUGAACUAGAAGAGGAACAAUCCCAAGGGUCUACUACCAACAGUGACUGGAUGAAAAAUCUGAUCUCACCUGAGUUAGGAGUUGUAUUCCUUAAUGUACCUGAGAACCUGAAGAACCUGGAUCCUAACUUUAGAGUAAAAAGGAGUGUAGAAGAAGCUUGUUUUACUCUCCAAUAUUUAAAUAAAUUGUCUCUGAAACCAGAACCACUUUUCAGAAAUAUGGGAAAUACCAUUGACCCCAUCAUUUUAUUUCAGAAAAUGGGAGUUGGCAAACUUGAGAUGUAUGUGCUUAAUCCUGUCAAAAAUAGCAAAGAGAUGCAAUACUUUAUGCAGCAGUGGACCGGUACUAACAAAGAUAAAGCUGAAUUCCUGCUACCAAAUGGCCAAGAACUAGACAUUCCGUUAUCCUACUUCACCUCUGUCUCGUCCCUGAUUGUGUGGCAUCCAGAUAAUCCUGCAGAAAAAAUAAUCCGAGUUCUGUUUCCUGGAAACAGCACCCAAUAUAAUAUUCUAGAAGGACUGGAAAAACUCAAACACUUAGACUUCCUUAAACAACCAAUGGUUACACAAAAAGACCUAACUGGUAACAUUGCUGGUCCGGCUGUGAAACAAGCAAAGUUGAAACAACGAACAGACAGCAAGGAGAGUCUCAAGCCUGCUGCAAAGACACCACCAAGCAAGCCUGUCAGAAAAGAAUCUAAAGAAGAAACACCAGAGCCUGCGAAGCCUAGUCCAGCACCGGAAAAGCCUCAGAAGUUGGAAAGCAAAGAAAAAGUUCCAGUUAAAAAAGAGAAACCGGCAAAAGUGGAGACCAAACCUGUAGUGUCGGAAAAAGAGAUAACAAGUAAAGAAGAACAAUUGGUAAAAUCUGAAACUCCUGAAAAACAAACUACAGAUGUAAAACCAAAAGUGUCAAAGGAGAAGCCAGUGAAAAAGGAAGUCAAAGCAAAACCGGAAGAAAAGAAAGAGGAAAAAGAAAAAACAAAGAAAGAGGUUUCUAAAAAAGAGGAGAAAACACCCAUCAAAAAAGAGGAGAAAACACCCAUCAAAAAAGAGGAGAAAACACCCAUCAAAAAAGAGGAAAAACCCAAAAAAGAAGACAUCAAGAAAGAAGUUAAAAAAGAGGUGAAAAAGGAAGAGAAGAAGGAGACUAAGAAGGAAGUAAAGAAAGAAAGUCCACCAAAGGAAGCAAAAAAAGAAGCUAAAAAAGAAGAGAAGAAGGAAAUUAAGAAGGAAGAAAAAGAAGAGAAGAAGGAAAUUAAGAAGGAAGAAAAAGAAGCCAAAAAGGACAUCAAAAAGGUUCCUAAAGAAACAAAGAAGACAGCUACUCCUUCAACUGAAGCCAAAAAGCCAGCAGCAAAGCCUAAACCACAAAAGAAGGAGGAAUCUGCUAAAAAAGAAGCAGUACCUGCUGGAAAGCCAAAGGAAAAAGGAAAAGUUAAGGCUGUGAAGAAGGAGAUCAAAGUCAGUGGAGCACAAGGUGCCCUUGCAGCAGUUGGAGUCUCUGCCACAACUGUAGCAGCUGUAGCAGCUGCAGAAAUUACAGCCGGUGGAAAGGAACUUGAAGCAGAGAGAUCCCUUAUGUCUUCACCAGAGGAUUUAACAAAGGAUUUUGAGGAAUUAAAAGCUGAAGAAGUAGAAACAAUAAAAGAAACAAAACCUCAAGAUGCACUUAUAGAGGAUGAACUGAAACUCACUGGCACAGUACAAAAAGAGGCCUUUGAAGUACAAAAAGAAAAAUUAGAUAAUGAAGGACCUGCUGAGUCGUCUGAUGAAGGCAUAACUACCACAGAGGCUGAGGGUGAGUGUGAACAGACACCCGAAGAAUUGGAAGCUGCGGAAAAGCACAGAGUUGAUGACAAUGAAAAGUUUGAAGAUGAGGGAACUGGCUUGGAAGAAUCAUCCGAAGCAGGAGAUUAUGAGGAAAAGGCAGAGACAGAAGAAGCUGAAGAACGAGGUGAAGAUGAAGAAGAAAAGACACCACUGUACACCACAAAACCAUAUAUGGAAGAUCCAAGAAAAAUUGCAGGGAGCUCAGAAGAAAUAAUGGCUGAAGCAGAUGCUAACAUUAGAGAUGAAAAGUAUAUUGAAAAGGCAGAUUAUGAGGCAUCAGAUGAACGGGCUGAGGAAGACAGGGAAGAAGCAAUAGAAAAGGCAGAAACUGAAGAGACUGAAGAAGAUGAGGAAGACAAAGUAGAAGACAUCAGAGAUGAAGAGGAAACUGAAAAAAUAGAAGCUGAAGAAGAUUAUGUGGCAGCUGUGGUAGACAAAGCUGCAGAAGCUGGUGAAGUUGAAGAUAAAUAUGGCCUACUCAUAAUUACACCGACAAAACGUUCAGAGCCUCAGUCUCCAGCAGUUGAACUAGCCUCUUCGAUCCAUGAUGAGACAUUACCUGGUGGUUCAGAAAGUGAAGCCACUGUUUCUGAUGAAGAAAACAAAGAAGAUCAACCUGAGGAAUUCACUGCUACUUCGGGUUACACACAGUCUACCAUCGAAAUAUCCAGUGAACCAACUCCAAUGGAUGAAAUGUCGACACCCCGGGAUGUCAUGAGUGAUGAAACUAACAAUGAGGAAAGCGAGUCACCUUCUCAGGAGUAUGUGAACAUUACCAAGUAUGAGACAUCACUGUACUCUCAAGAGUUUGGCAGACCUAAGCUUUGUCCACUUCCGGAUGCUUUUAAUGGAUUAUCUGAAGGAUCCAAAACAGAGGCCACGGAAGGUAAAGACUAUAAUGCCUCAGCUUCCACCAUCUCACCACCUUCUUCAUUAGAGGAAGACAAAUUCUGCAAAUCUGCAUUCCAAGUUGUAUACCAGCAAAAAGAAAGUGAAAUCCAAGGCACUGCCAAAUUAGAAAUCAAAGAACCCUAUCAAGAAGAUGUUGGUGGAAAACUUAGUCCAGCCAAGAGUCCAGCUGACAGUUUGUCCCCUCCAUCACCUGUUGCCAAAACACCACUGAGUGAACGUAGUGUGAACUUUUCACUCACUCCCAAUGAGAUCACGGUCUCAUCUGAGCCUGUUCCCAUUGCUACAUUGCCUGAUGUACAUCAAGAAGUUGCUGAAGAGCACUGUGCAAGCCCUGAAGAUAAAACAUUAGAAGUAGCAUCUCCCUCACAGUCUGCUGCGGGUAGUGCUGGCCACACACCUUAUUAUCAGUCUCCCACUGAUGAAAAGUCCAGUCAGCUUCCGUCUGAAACUAGUGAAAAGUCAACAGAAGCUCCUGUUAGCUUUGAAUUCAGUGAAGUCAAAGAUGAGUCUGCAAAACCCAGAAUAAGCCCUAUGGAUGAGCCUGUGCCAGAUUCAGAAUCUCCUAUUGAAAAGGUUCUCUCUCCUCUACGAAGUCCACCACUGAUAGGUUCAGAGGCCUCUUAUGAUACAUUUUUGAGUGCUGAUUUAAAGUCUCCCACCAGAGAUUACGGAACUGCUUCUGACGGGAAACCUGAAAAAGAAAAAACACCUGUUCAGAUGAGCCCAGCUUCUGAAGCCAGCUCUGGGGGCCUUUUCCAAGAAAAACAAGAUGAAAAAAGCAUGGAGUUUAUGGUAAUUAAGGAAAGCUUCAGCCUAGAAAGGAAAAUGGAGGAUACAGAACCCAGCAGCUCCCAGUCUUCACUGGUCUUGGAUGAACGGAAGUUAGCAGGUGAUCUCUCACCUACUCAAAUAGAUAUCAGUCAGUUCGGUUCCUUAAAAGAAGAUAUGAAAAUGUCAAUUUCUGAAGGCACUGUUUCUGACAAGUCUGCAACUCCUGUUGAUGAUGUUGUAGCAGAGGACACCUAUUCCCAUAUAGAAGGAGUAGCUUCUGUCUCUACAGCAUCUGUUGCUACUAGUUCAUUUCCAGAGCCAACUACUGAUGAUGUAUCUCCUUCUUUGCAUGCUGAGGUUGGAUCUCCCCACUCUACCGAAGUUGAUGAUUCCCUUUCAGUGUCAGUUGUACAAACACCAACAACUUUUCAGGAAACAGAAAUGUCUCCAUCUAAGGAAGAGUGCCCAAGGCCCAUGUCAAUUUCUCCACCAGAUUUCUCACCUAAAACUGCAAGAUCAAGAAUGCUGGUGCCUGAUCACAGAUCUCCUGAGCAGUCAACUAUGUCAGUAGAAUUUGGUCAGGAGUCCCCUGAGCAGUCUUUAGCAAUGGACUUCAGUAGGCAAUCUCCAGAAUAUCCUACUGUAGGCACUGGUAUACACCAUAUAUCUGAAAAUGGACCAACAGAAGUAGAUUAUAGCCCUUCAGAUAUACAGGAGCCUACUUUUGCACAGAAGAUUUCCCCUGUGGAGCAGUCAUCUUACUCUCAGGAGAAAGAUAUUUCAGAAAUUAUUUCAGUUUCUCAGAUUGAAGCUUCAUCUUCAACUUCAUCAGCUCAUACACCUUCCCAGGUUACUUCACCACUGCCAGAGGAAACUUUUUCAGGUGCUGUUCCACCCCGAGAUAUGUCACUACAUUCUUCUUUUACCUCAGAAAAAGUGCAGAGCGUAGGAGAAAAGCUGUCACCAAAGUCUGACCUAUCUCCAUUAACUCCAAGGGAAUCUUCUCCUCUGUACUCUCCUAGUUUUCCAGAUUCACCUCCUGCAAUCACAGAAGCAGUGUCAGCUAGUCACACACCUUCAUUGUCACUGCAAGUGUCCUCUGUCAAAGCAUUUGGUUACCAGGAACACCUAACAAAGGACAGUCCAGAACCUUUACUCAGCCCAGAAAAAGAAGAUUCAGAGAAAAGCAGCAGGUCUCCAGAAGAACUUAGUUAUUCUUAUGAGGCCACAGAAAAAACCACUAGGUCACCAGAGGAUAUUAGCUACUCCUAUGAGUCAGUUGGGAAAUCUACUGGAUCACCUCAGGCCACGGAUUAUUCCUAUGAGACAACCAGGAAAACUACUAGGUCACCUGAGACCAGAGAUUAUUCUUAUGAGACGACAGGGAAAACCACCAGGUCACCAGGGGCCGUGGAUUAUUCCUAUGAGAUGACUGGGAAAACCACCAGGUCACCUGUGGUCCCAGAUUAUUCCUACGAGACAACAGGGAAAACCACCAAAUCACCUGAGGCCACAGAUUAUUCCUAUGAGAGAAUUGGGAAAGCUACCAGAUCACCCGAUACUAUGGAUUACUCCCAUGAGACAACAGGAAAAACCACUAAGUCACCAGAAGCCAUUAGCUACUGCUAUGAGACAGCUGGGAGAACCAGCAGGUCACCAGAGGCCAUGGCAUACUCCUAUGAGACAACUGGGAAAGCCUCCAGUUCACCUGAAGCCACAGAUUACUCAUUUGAGACAACUGGCAGAGCCACCAGGUCACCUGAAGCUACUAGCUAUUCCUAUGAAGCAAGUGCACAUUUCACGCCAGGAAAAUCAUUAGCAGAAUCCCGUCAAGAUGUUGAUUUAUGCCUUGUGUCCUCUUGUGAAUAUAAACAUCCCAAAACUGAACUUUCACCCUCAUUUAUCAACCCAAACCCCCUUGAGUGGUUUGCAAGUGAGGAACAGUCUCAAGAUCAAGAGAAGCCAUUAACUCAAUCCGGGGGAGCUCAGCCACCUUCUGGGGGAAAGCAGCAAGGGCGGCAGUGUGAUGAAACACCUCCCACAUCUGUGAGUGAGUCUGCCCCAUCUCAGACUGAUUCGGAUGUUCCCCCAGAGACUGAGGAAUGUCCUUCCAUCACUGCAGAUGCUAACAUUGACUCGGAAGAUGAGUCAGAAACCAUUCCGACAGACAAGACAAUUACGUACAAACACAUUGAUCCGCCGCCUGUCCCGAUGCAGGAUCGCAGCCCUUCCCCUAGGCACCCUGAUGUUUCCAUGGUUGAUCCAGAGGCUCUGCCUGUUGAUCAGAAUUUAGGUAAACCUUUGAAGAAGGACCUCAAAGAAAAGACAAAGACAAAAAAGCAGGGUACUAAGACCAAGUCAUCUUCUCCUGUUAAAAAAAGUGAUGGUAAAUCAAAACAAGUGGCUUCACCAAAGCCAGCUAUAAAAGAAUCUUUAGACAAAAUUUCCAAAAUAGCUUCUCCAAAAAAGAGGGAGUCUGUAGAAAAGGCAACCAAAUAUAUCUCUACUCCAGAAGUAAAGUCUCGAGUGGAAGAAAAAGAUAAGGACACCAAGAAUGCAGCAAAUACAACAACAUCCAAGUCGGCAAAGACUGCAACCACAGGACCUGGGAGUACUAAGGUGGCAAAAUCUACAGCAGUGCCUCCAGGACCUCCGGUGUAUUUGGAUCUGGUGUACAUUCCCAACCACAGCAAUAGCAAGAAUGUUGACGUUGAGUUUUUCAAGAGGGUGCGGUCAUCCUACUACGUGGUGAGCGGGAAUGAUUCUGCAGCCGAGGAGCCAAGCAGGGCUGUUUUGGACUCCCUGCUGGAGGGCAAGGCACAGUGGGAGAGUAACAUGCAGGUGACUUUAAUCCCAACCCAUGACUCAGAAGUGAUGAGGGAAUGGUACCAAGAGACCCAUGAGAAACAGCAGGACCUCAACAUCAUGGUUUUGGCAAGCAGCAGCACUGUUGUUAUGCAAGAUGAAUCUUUUCCCGCAUGCAAGAUUGAAUUGUAAGAACAAGACCCUGCACCACAAGAUUAAACUUUGUUUCCAGAAAUUCUUCAGUUUGAAAACACCUUUUCUAAAAAUUCAACCCAUCUAUUUCAACUUCUGAACUAUAUACCUGCCAAAUGCUAUACUGUGUCACAGUGAUGCAAGUCACUAAUAUUUUUCAGUCUUUGCUGAUUGCUAAGGGAAAUAACAGUAUUCCCAUAGUAGGGUUCAAAUUACUGCAAAAAUACAGAUCCAGUUUCAUCUCUGCUGAACGUUUGGAAACCAUGCACUAGCAGCCCCAACUGACUUCUGCCAGGUAGAGGCAUUUGCCCUCUAAAGAAACACAGAGAGAGAGAAAGAGAGGGAGGGGUAGGAGGAGAAAGUAAUAAAUAAUUAGAUCUGCUUUAGUCUCAUGGCAAUAGAUGUAUCGCUUACUGCAAUCUGCUUAUGCUUUCACACAAAAAUAAAGUUUACUUUUGUAACAA